AUGGUAAAUGUCAAAGUUGGAGAUCGUAUUCCUGAUAAUUUAUGCCUUGGUGUCAUGAACAAAGAUGACAAAGAACCAAAACAAAUCACUACCAAAGAAAUAUUCAAAGGAAAAAAAGUGAUUUUGGUUGGAAUUCCAGGUGCCUUUACAUCAAUUUGUAGCUCUAAACAUAUUCCUGAUUAUGUUAGUCGUUAUUCUGAAUUAAAAGCAAAAGGUGUUGAGCAAAUUGUUUGCAUUGCUGUGAAUGAUCCAUUUGUUAUGCGUGAAUGGGCCGAUUCGCUUAAAACUGACGAUAAAAUUUUAAUGGUUAGCGACGGCGAGACGAAGUUUCAUUCUGCUUUAGAUUUGACUCAGCACUUGCCUUAUGCUGGCAUACGUGGUCUACGCUUCUCAAUGUUUGUCGAUGAUGGUGUCAUUAAAGUUUUAAAUGUUGAUGAACCUGGUCCUCUCUCUUAUAAGAUUAGUGGUCCUGAACAUAUGUUGAAAGAUUUAGAAGAAUUGGGAAAACAAUAA